AUGCUUCUCGACAUCACGGGCCAGUUGAAGCGUAUCAUACGCGCCAUCGAAGCUAUCCCAUUGCAUCUCACUCUUGAUAUUGUGAGACUAGAUGAUGCUCACGGAGAGAGCUGGGCACUGCCACUGCAGGCGUGCCAAACAUGGAAUUCCUUUUCCGAUAUGCUUCGACUCGUUGUAUAUGCCAACGAGAGGCCCGGCGCAAAUCUCAUCAUGCGGAACCAGUUCUCCAUUAUGGUGGCACAAAAUGGUAUGGAACUUAACGAGGGAGUUUGGGGGCGCUUUGUCAACACUUUGUGUGGUCGAUGGGCAACUACACAGACGACCACAGCACUGCUUAUGGAUCCUUACACCGAAGAAUCUCGGGGAACUGCCACCAACCAUACGCGAGAAACUGGGAAAGCACACCUUGGUCCCAAGUUGCCCCCCAUGCAGGUUGAAGAGGAACCUGAAGCUUUCCGCAAGGUGAAACUAUACCAGGCCUCUCAGCCUAUGGAAGACAUAGAUGAGGCCUUGGAGCUUUUGGAUAAAGACACCCUGAAUCCAGCUGCGAAUGCAUUCGCUGGAUUCACAUUCCUCCGAGAAGGGGAAGAACUCGCUGAUGGUGGCUUGGUCCAAGCAUCAAAACAGCACUUGGAAAUCGCUGUGAAAUCCGAUGCUUUAAAUUAUGAAUACUGGUACCUUCUUGGUCGCGCAUGCAUCUGUUUCAUCAAGAAUCUAACACAUCUACAGUAUGACUGCUGCAAUCGCCAACAUGAUGAUGCAGUCGACUGCUUUCAAAGGUGCAUUGCGCGUAAUCCACAAUUGCCAGAGGUGCACGCACGACUCCGAGCUCAACCAAUCAUAAAGUCAACUUCCGACAGUGAAGUGUUGAAGGGUCACCUCAUUUCUACAAUGUGUGAUAGCAAGCUACGGAUGAGCCAAGAUACGAGCCUAGAGGCUGGAGGCGAUGAGAUCGUGAUCAAUCCUAUAAGUGAUAUGAGAGUAUUAGACGAGGAUGAUGACAGCGACGAGUAUGAUGACAACGAGUAUGAUGACAACGAGUAUUAUGACGACGAGUAUGGUGACGAUGAGUGUGGUGACGAUGAGGAUAGUGACGACGAUUGGCGAUGGCCCUGGACCCAGCUAGUCGAAUCCUCUGUCUUGGAGCCGAUGACCUGA